AUGGGCUCGACCAAAGAUAUUGAGACGAAUGUUUCGUCGCCUCCUCUGUCGUCUACGGGAUCGUCGGAUCGCGAUGAUAGCUAUGAAGUUUACCAACAAACUCGUCAAUUGGAAUAUACCCCAGAAGAGGCUAAAAAGGUCCUGCGGAAAAUCGAUUUCAGAUUAAUGCCGCUUUUGUUUCUCAUAUACUUAUUGCAGUAUCUCGACAAAAACAGUCUCAACUUUUCGUCAGUCUACGGCUUGAAGGAAGGCACCAAUUUGAAAGGCCAAGACUAUUCAUGGCUGGGGUCUAUCUUCUAUUUCGGCUAUCUGGUCGCGCAGUGGCCGGCUGGAUUAGCCCUUCAAAAACUUCCAAUUGGAAAGUUUCUAAUCUGGGGAGGCCUGUUGAUGACAACCCCGGCUUGUUACAACUUCGCCGGGAUAGCCGUCAACCGCUUUCUCCUUGGAGUCACCGAAGCCGUUGUGAACCCAGGAUUCGUCCUGAUGAUGAGCAUCUGGUACACCUCAAGUGAGCAGCCUCUGCGUCUCGAAACCUAUUACUGCACCAAUGGCAUUGCCACCAUGUUUGGAGGUCUCCUUGGCUACGCUAUUGGACACAUAGCCGGCGGUCUCCCGCGAUGGAUGUAUGUGUUCCUGAUCUUCGGUGCGGUAUCACUGGUCAUCGGAAUCGUAUCUCUCCUCUUCCUCCCCGAUCUCCCAUCGACGGCCAAGUUCCUCACCGAGCGCGAGAAAGCGAUUGCAAUCGACCGUGUCGCGAUCAACCAGCAAGGCGUAAAGAACCACCACUUCAAAUGGUACCAAGUGUGGCAGGCAGCCAGGGAUCCUAAGACGUGGUUAUUGUUCAUCAUGGCUAUUGGAGCUCAAGUUCCAAACUCCGCCUUGACGAGUUUCACUUCCAUCAUCGUCAAAUCCUUCGGCUUCGACACCCUCGGAACCCAAUACCUGCAAAUCCCCGGCGGAGCGGUCCAAUUCCUCACCCUCCUCUUCGGCGGCAUGAUUGCGACGAAAUAUAGCGGCAAAUUCCACUCGCGCAGUGCGUGCAUGAUAUUCGCCAAUCUGGUCUGCAUCAUCGGAUCCUCGCUGCUAGUUGGCCUGCCGGACUCGAAUAAAUGGGGCCGACUGGUCGCGCUCUGGCUGUGCUAUUUCCAGGGACUGGGAUUCAGUAUGAGUCUGACGAUCGUGAGCUCCAAUAUUGCGGGGUCGACGAAGAAACAGGUCACCGGGGCGUUGUUGUUCACGGGGUAUUGUGUGGGAAAUAUCAUUGGGCCGCAGACAUUCAAGUCCAGUGAGGCACCGGGGUAUCACAGUGCUUAUAUUGCGAUGUUGGUUGGCUAUGCGGUGAAGCUGGUUUCAAUCACUGCGCUCUACCUGUACAUGUAUUUCGAGAAUAAACGCAGGGAUCGGGAAGCCCUCGGUUCGAGCGGCGAGGAGAGUGAUGGUGUUGAGAAGGGCAUGCUGGAUCAAACGGAGAUUGACAACAAGACAUUCAGAUACGUGCUUUAG